AUGUCUCAAGGUUAUACAUUUUGUUGUGCUUCAAAGUUGCGAGAAGGAUGCGUUCCAGGACGCUACGGUUUGAAUACCGAUGGCAUUGUAGGAUCAUUAUACGCUACUCGCACAGAUAAUCUUCAAACAAAUUUAUCCGUAGAUGAAGGGUUCUUUUGCAGAAAGUAUUUCACAGAAAAACCUUUCAUCAAACUUAGAAAAGUGUAUAAUUUGACUCAUACAAAUUUAAUGAAGAUGAUCGGUAUUGAAGAUGAUUUGAGAGUAAGUAUUGCUUUAGAUAUGGUUCGAUUCAAAGCAGGAAUACGUAUGUUAAGUAAUCAUACAUUAUCUACUGAUUCUACGACACGAUCUAUUGAUUAUCAACAUAUUGAACAAUAG